GUUGAAGGCCAAGAAACACGAUUAAUUUGUAACAAUAAAAAAGUGAUCCUACAAUGAUCCAUUUAUUUCAUGGCAAGAGGUUGUCAACGGCUCACCUGUCACAAUAGUACAUUAUCUAAAUGGACCUGGUUUUGUGGAAUGUUUAUGCUGAUAGAUUUAGUGUUGAAGGAGAUGACUCUCAACUCACUCUUGUUAUUAAUAACACGACGCGAAGUGAUGAUGGCACAUAUAUGUGUGACGUUACUGUGCUUAAUGAUCCACCUUCACCAGCAUCUGAUACAGUCACAAUAAGUGUUGCAUCUUUCGAUUUAAUAUUUGACAUUAGUAUCAAUACUGUUGUUGAAGGUGAACCUAUAACGUUUGUAUGUUCAGUAAAUUCUAAACCUGAUCCAGUAGUCAUUUUAUACAAAGAUGAGACUCCAAUUAGCAGAGAAACAACAACAAAUCUAACAUAUAACAUUGAUAAUGUGGUGAGGAGUGACAGGGGGAACUACAAAUGUGAAGCAAGUAACAUAGUUGGUAGUGAUACAUCUCAAGUCCAGCGAUUGGACGUUCAGGAUAUACCUGAAUUUGAUUUAGCAGAUGAAGUCACUGUUGGUCAUGAAGAACAGUAAGUUAUAUUGAACUUGAAGUCUCAGCUAAUCCUAGUGAUGUACUUAUCAAUGGACCACAAAUCCUCCUGGAAUUGAAGAUACAGACACUAACCCAGCAACUUUCACAGUCAAUGAUCCAGAUGUUACCGUCAUAGUGUUCACAAUAACAGUUACUGUUACUAAUAGUAUUGGAUUGACAACAAAGUCGAUUAAAAUAAUUGUAAUGGCAAAUCCAUGUGCUGUCAAACCCUGUGAAAAUGGUGGCACGUGUUCAGUUGUUAAAGGAGUACUUCUGAUUAUUUCGAUGGAUUAAAUUGCACAAGUAGCAUUAGAUAUGAUAUCAAGACUUUUCAUUACUUGGGCCUUGUUGUACAGGUAGUUAUGUCAUAAUACUUUAUUAAAUUACAUCUAGGCCUAUUGUUAUAUUACUGCAGCUUAGCUCAGUCGGCUCAACUGGCG